CACACUGCUCGUGCUGGCCCCUGCCUGCCAUGGCCCUCCUGGCUCACACCCUGGCACUGCUGGCAAUGACCGUGGCCACCGUGGCCAUCAAGGUGGUGCCCAUGGACAUGGCCUGGGAUUCCUUCGAUGACCGGUAUGAGGGCUGUGGCCCUGCCAUGAACAAAAAUUUGCCAUCACUCUACAACUCUGAGUACAAGCAGAAUCAUUACUUUGCCUGGGGCUGGUAUCAUGCUGAUGCUGAGUGGCGCAAGCGGGGCUCUCCUGUGUCCCCUCUGGCGUCCCAGUGGCAGGCCGUGGCUCUCAUGGCAUACACGUCGCAGCACUUGUACAAGCAGUUCAAUGGUGCUGUGCGCACGGCAGGGCGCUCCAGCCAGGAAUACCGGAACAACUUCCACUUCAAAACGCUGCAUUUCCUACUGACGGAUGCCCUGGCGACACUGAGGAAUGCUCAGAACAGGCAGUGUCGCCGCGUGUUCCGGGGCGUGCGUGACAUUCGUUUCAAGGCUCGGCAAGGCCAGAGCGUCCGGUUCGGUCAAUUCACAUCAACCUCGGCACGUAAAGAGAUUGCUCUGCACUUUGGGACAGACACAUUUUUUGAGGUGUACACAUGCCAUGGUGUGGACAUCCGGCAGUUCUCCAUGUAUCCAGGGGAAGAGGAGGUGCUGAUCCCGCCCUUCGAGACCUUUGAGGUCACCAAAGUCAUCUGGGAUGGGAAGAGGUCACGGAUCUGGCUGCGCUCUGCCGGGACCUUCAGCAAAUACAACUGCGAGGGCACUGAGGUGAGAGCGUCCCCAGGCAGGCUUUUCACCUCCGAGUAUUUCUCAUCGCAACCACAGCCCUGGGAAGAGCCAUCGGGAUCCUCGGAGCUCUAGGUCACCAAGGUCACCGAGGUCUCUGUGGUCACUGUGGCAGCC